AGCUGGAAUGAUUCUGAUGAAUUCAAUAUUUUCAUUUUCAACUAGUAUAAUAGAUUUUCAUGCUCAUUCACUAAAUUUUUCCUCCCUUUUAUUUUAUAAAAUUUUAAUCUGGCUAUUGACGGUGUUGGGGGAGUUUAUAUUCAUAUUAGAAUUCCUAAAUUGGGAAACUUUGGCCAAAUUUGGAUAAAUUUAGAACACACAUGUAAAAAAUUAGUUAAUUGAAAAUGUGGUUUGAAUAUUUUGAAUUAAUUCGGUUAAGUUUUUGCUACGAAACCAAAAAAAAAAAAAAAUGGGGUUGUUCUAUGAAGAAGUUAAAAAUGCCAACGUAUCUCAAAAAAAAAAAAAAAAAUCACAUUAGUUUACCAAAUUACAUGAGUUAAUGGAUAAUGGAAAUUUUCAAAUAGUGAUUUAUUUUUUAAAAGGUGACUGAUCCGUCAAAUUUUUAUAUAACUCUCACCCUAUUAACAUCAAGGAUCCAAGAUUUCAGCCGAUGGCAAUAAUAUAAUACUUUAUUGUGUAUGUUGGGGGGCUUGGGGCUUGGAUUGAAUUUGUUAUUCACCCCUCUACGUACCCUCUCUCUUUGUCUAUAUAUAUAUAUAUAUAUAUAUAUAUGCUCUCUCUAGAGAGAGGCGAGAGCGUGUAUAUGGAGAUUUCACUAGAAAACAGGAUCACAUGUACGAAAGUCCUUAACCGCCAAAAUGAACGAAUUCAGAAUGUGCAAACAUGGGUUACCCAACUUCACAAACUGCUAUCACGCCAACCGUUUGAUACUUAGAAUUUAAACACUCUCUCUCACACAGACACACACACACUCUUCUCUAUGGCGUCCAUUUCUGCAACUUUUCUUCUCUUCUUUUUCACACUUUCAAUGCCAUUUUCUUUAAUCCUCUCCGCCACACUUGUAGAAGACCUCAACAGCUUGAAGCCACCUCCAGACUUCAACACCACACUCACAAACAACUGCCACAACAAACCAUCUCUAAAAUACUGCACUACCACACCCUUUGACCUCCCAGAAAUCUUUAAAUCCACCAUUGUUGCAAGCCAUCUCUGUAACGAAUCGAAGAACCCGAACUGCAUCGAAUCAUUUCUAAAAAUAGACCUUCGAAGCCGUCCAAAGAUCGCACCUCUUUACCUAUCAUUCACCUUCUUUUGGAAGUACUGUCCCAUAGACAUUUUAUCUAUCGAUCUGUCCAACAAUUCUCUAAAGGGUAACUUCCCAUCUGACAUUUUUCAUUGUUCUCAAAUCCAAGCUCUUGAUUUGAGCCACAACGACCUUUCUGGGGACGUCCCUGUGCAGAAUUUUUCUCUCCUCACCAACCUCACCUCUCUUAACCUUUCAUAUAAUCACUUCUCCGAGAGUAAAAUCUCCGAUACCCAAUUCUUCAAACGGUUCAAUUCUUCGAGUUUUCUUCAUUCCGGUCUCCUCCCGGAUCAUGGGAAGUUCAGGAUUAAGGCCAUAUUCUUCUUGUUUGGUUUCCCAAUUUUUGUCAUUGUGAUGGUGGUUUUCUUGGGUUGGCUCUGCUUGUGGCGGCCAGAUUUUCUACCAAGAAUGCUUCGAAGAAAGCACAAGUUCACGCCUGCGAUGCUAAAGGCGGCAACACACAAUUUUUCGAAGAAGAAUUUGGUGGGAAAGAGUGAAGCCACUAGUAUUUAUAAGGGGGAAGUGAGGGAUGGAACUGAAGUGAGAAUUGAGACUUAUUGGGACAGCAUAUCAAGAGAGAACCGCAGGAAAUUUGUCGAAGAAUGUAGGAUUCUUGUUCAAUUAAGUCAUAGGAACUUGGUUCGGGUACUGGGUUGGUGCGAUCAUCGAAGGUUAAGAGCCAUUGUUACAGAAUGGAUCGAUGCAGAGAAUCUUGAAAUGUGGUUACAGAGGUCUGCACCACCAUGGAAACAGAGAGUGAAAGUGCUGAUGGGAAUUGUGGAAGCUAUGUGUUAUCUGCAUGAGGAAUGGCCUGAACUUGGUUUUGACCUCAAGACAAACAGCAUACUAUUGUCCGAAGAUCGACAACCAUUGAUUUCAAGAUUCAGACUAGAAGAUCAAGACAGCAGCAUAAAAAAGAUUUACAAGUUUGGUGUGUUUAGCAUGGAGAUGGUAGUGAAUAGGAGGCCACGAGAUGAGUUCGAGAGGGGUGAAGCUGGUUUUGUUGAAUGGGUGAGAAUGCAACAUGCAGGGAGCGUGCUGAAUCUGAUCGAUGAGAGGAUGAAAAAGACAGGGCAUACAAUUGAUCAAGCUACAGAGGUGAUAGGGUUAGGGUUAAUGUGCACAGACAUAUCAAGUGGUCGACAGCCGAGCUUGGGUCAUAUCUCAAAGAUGAUAACUAGAAUUUACAAUGCCGGUUUGGUUUCAGCAACUAAAAGUCACAAGAAAUCGAAUGGUGAUAAAGGAGAACAUAGACGCAUUCGAUCCAGAUGAAGGCAGUGAACCUGUCAAUGCAUGGAAGCUUAUGUAUACUCGAAUGUAAUAAAAAUGGUAAGCAAUGAAUUAUUAAAAAGGGAGAACAUGCAAGUGUUAUGUCAUGUCUGAACAGAAAUCAGGGCGUGUUGAUGCAUACUGCCUACUUUUUUUCACUUGAUAACUAAAUAAAACUAUAAAACGAAAUAGAUUCACCCCAAUAUCGGCGAUUCCUGAAAGAGCCCCACGCCGCUUGAAAUGUCAGCUUUUCAUGCCUUGGAAAAGUUCCUGAAUGUACAAACACAUACACACAUGAUA